UGAUUCAUCCUACAAAAGGAAGUAUUUUUCAUGUUUGCAGUCUCUCUCUCUAACCAAAAAAGCUAUCAGAAUUCAGAACCCACAAAGAAAGAAAAAGGGAAUUUUUAUCAGAGCCGCCCCCAAUAAGAAAGCUAAAGAGAGACAUCUCUGUUUGUUGAACUCUCUUUUGGUCUUUGGUGGAUUAGGUAAUAUUAAGACACCAAACCCAGUUGCUAUUCUUGGACUCCCUGUGUUCUUGUCUGAAAGAGAGAGAUGGAGAUGAUGUAUUUGCAGGUGGGAAGCUCCUCUUACCAGGAGUCUCUCAAAGUACUGGAGGCUGAUAUACAGCAAGCUAAUGCUUUGGCCGCUGCAAUUCCAAGAGGCAAGAAUGGUGCUCGUCUUCAGAUGAAACUAGUUUACAAUCAAUGGACUCCCUUCUUUCUCUUUUUGCUGCAACGGAUAGAUUUUUCUUGCAUAUGUCUACUCCCUAGAUAUUUAAAUCUCUUUCACAUACUUGUAUAUAAGGUAUAUGCAGAUGGUAGACCAAACCUGUUUACACAUGGAAGGAAAGCAACAAUUAAGGAAUUCUAUGGUGUUAUAUUACCAUCUCUUCAACGGCUUCAUAGUAAUAUGGAGGACUCGGAGGAUGUCAAGGAAGGGCGUUUGGAAAUGGAGGGUUUGGGGAAGAAGAGGGUGGAAAGAGAUAUUAGGCUUGCCAAUGUUGAUAUAGAGAGAGAAGAUGAAUGUGGAAUUUGCUUGGAGCCUUGCACAAAAGUGGUCCUGCCUAAUUGUUGCCAUGCAAUGUGCAUCAAAUGCUACCGCAAUUGGAACACGAGGUCAGAAUCGUGCCCUUUUUGUCGGGGGAGCAUAAAGAGAGUUAACUCAGAAGACCUAUGGGUGCUUACUUGUAACAACGAUGUGGUCGACACAAAAACAUUAUCCAAAGAGGACUUGCUGCGUUUCUACCUCUAUAUCAACAGCUUACCAAAAGAUUACCCUGAUGCUCUCUUCUUAGUAUAUUAUGAAUAUCUAAUGUGAAUUGGAGAAGAUGAGAGGAGUGAUGUACAGAGAACAAAGCCGAGCCAACUCUCAUUUACAAAUUGAGUCUGGUAGGACAUGAAUGAUUGUUUCUCUCUGAUUAUUAGAGGAAAAAAAAAAGAAGAAAUUCUCAACUGAUCCUUGUUGUUUGGUGGAAGAGUUCGUUUCUCUUGUACAUAAUAUAGAGACGGCUCUUAAAGGUUCAGUUUAAGCUCACAAGCUUGUUGAAAGUGCCAUGGAAGCACAUCUGUACUGGCUUUUUAAUAGCAAAAAGCCAACUUGUGUUUCUUAAUUUGAAUGAUCAUAAUAGCAUCAUUUCUUAACUGA